UCAUGCUCCUGGCGGGAGGAUGUCAAGGAUAAGGAGGUACCUGGCACUGAAUGGCAUUUUAACUUCUUCCGUCAUCCGAGCAAGUCUAAACACGCGAGUAGUAGUAGAGACAAGUCACAGGUGACACUACAAAAGAAAGACACACCUAAGAACUUUUCUUUAAAAGGUUUUGGCGUUGCAUAUGUUCUAACAGUUGAGAUAUAAUAAUUGUAUCAAUCAAGGUUAUGAUAACUUGGGUUAGCGCUGAUAAGUGAUUCCAAGUUGUGGAUAUUCAACCGCUGCAAAUCGUUAGAUUCCGAGGUGAUGGCGACAAAAACUAGCCUUUACAUUAUAUUUGUUGCUGUGUGUUUAUUACAUACUACCGAAAGUAGAUGUGUCGAUGUUCCGGUCGAAUAUUGCCGUCGGUUAGGGUUCACUGGGACGUAUUUCCCCAACCACUUCUACCACCGAAGCAUUUCAGAAGCAGUAGCUGCAUUUCACCAGUUCAUAGCAGCCGAUGGCGAGUGUUCGGAUGACUUUGGAAAAUUUGUUUGCGCAGCUUAUUUUCCAGGAUGCACCUUAGCUAAUAACCUUCGGGUUGAUAUUCGUUUUAAUCCUUGUCGAAAACUUUGCAACAGUGCGUUCAAGCCUUGUAAACUCUCUUUUAAACGUCUUAAAAUUAAAUGGCCGCCAGAAUUGAGAUGUGGUACGUUUCCAACGAAAGAAUGUACAUCGGUUAUGGAUGAACUGGUACCACAUAUUCCCAUGCCGCCAACACCAGCUCCAAGCGAUAUCUCGUGUGAAACAAUUAGUUACAUGGAAUGUCAAAAUCUAGGAUACGAUAAAACUACCAUGCCAAACAGGUUUGGUCAAACAACUCAAGAAACUGCAGGAGUAGAGGUGGAUCAUUUCAAACCUCUGAUUGGAGUACAAUGCUCCGAGGCACUGCAAACAUUUGUGUGCGCGUCCUUCUUCCCACCUUGCUCUGAUACUAUUGCCGAGACUCCGUGCAGAUCGUUGUGUGAGGCUGCUAAAGAUGGCUGCGUACAAAUAAUGAGAAGUUUUGGAUAUGAAUGGCCAGAGCAUUUAAGAUGCUCAGAUUUGCCGAAUGACACACCAGUAGAAUCCCAGUGCGAACCUCUGACGAUUCCACUCUGUCAAGAUCUAGGUUAUACAUCUACGAUGAUGCCCAAUAUGUUGGGGCAGAACUUCCAACAAGAUGCCCAAAUGACACUACAAACCUUUGCUCCUCUUUUGCAAACGCAGUGCUCACCAGCACUGAAGCUGUUUCUUUGUGCUGCUUAUGCUCCAAGUUGCUCUGCAAGUUCAUCACAGAUGCCAUGUCGAUCACUCUGCGAAGAGGCAAGAGAUGGUUGUUUGCCAACUCUGGAAACGUUUGGAUUUGGUUGGCCAGGACCGCUAAACUGCUCCUCUCUCUCAAAUGAAAACUGCUAUAAUGGUGGUUUUUCAACCGAAGUCCAGAAUCCUGAAGCUUCAACAAUGCCAACCCAAGUAGAAUCUCAGUGCGAACCUCUGACGAUUUCACUCUGUCAAGAUCUAGGUUAUACAUCUACGAAGAUGCCCAAUAUGUUUGGGCAGAGCUUCCAACAAGAUGCCCAAAUGACACUACAAACCUUUGUUCCUCUUUUGCAAACGCAGUGCUCACCAGCAUUGAAGCCGUUUCUUUGUGCUGCUUAUGCUCCAAGUUGCUCUGCAAGUACAUCACAGAUGCCAUGUCGAUCACUCUGCGAAGCGGCAAGAGAUGGCUGUUUGCCAACUCUGGAAACGUUUGGAUUUGGUUGGCCAGGACCUCUGAACUGCUCCUCUCUCUCAAAUGAGAACUGCUAUGAUGGUGGUUUUUCAACCGAAGUCCAGAAUCCUGAUGGUAGUUGCGAAGACAUCAUUCUACCUAUGUGCCUAAAUAUGUCGUACAGUCAAACACGUUUGCCAAAUGUACUUGGGCACACGUCACAAUUUGAUGCAUUGACGGCCAUAAUUGACAAUGUGAUUCUGGUGGGUUGUUCACCUACAAUACUACCAUUUCUAUGUUCUGUGUAUACUCCAAUGUGCACAGCAGACGGAAGUGCGAAACCUUGUCGUAGCCUGUGUCAACAAACGAUGUACGAAUGCCAACAAUUGUUAACAUUGUUAAACUUGAAGUGGCCAGAAGAACUUGAAUGUUCCAAUUUUACAGAUGACGAUCCUAGCUGCAAUGUUGAUGAUAUUGAUAGUGAAAAUGACACGUCUAUACUUCGCUGUGAACCGCUCCGAAACCCACACUGUGAAGGAUUAUCUUAUGAUAGAACGCAAAUUCCGAACAUGCUAGGGGACGUAGACCAAGAUAGUGCUGUGUUAAUGAUGACAUCUUUUGCCCCUAUGAUUGCAACUGGAUGUUCACCCAAGUUGAAGGCAUUGGUGUGUGCGGUAGUGUCUCCGCCAUGCUCCAGCGGAGUUCAGGUACAGCCUUGUCGCAGUUUGUGUGAAGCUGUCGAGAGAGAUUGUGGUAGUAUCUUUCCGAAUGGGACGGAUGCGGAGCUGGCGUUCCCGUGCUUUUUGUUACCAAACCAGAAUUGUUACGAUGGUAAAACGACUAUUGGAAUUUCACCGACUGUUAGCUCGGACGAGGUUGAGAUGUACACAGAUGAAAUUGCUAUUGUUGGGCAUGAAGUUAGCGAUAUGGUGGCAUAUGGAUCAAAUUGUGAAAAAAUAAAUUCUAGACGCUAUGAUGUCACUGAUCUCGGACUGUCAGAAUAUUUCCGGGGCUGGGUUGAUGUCCAGGGACAGGGUGCAGCUAACGAUUACUGCAGAGUUGUUAGAGGAGAAAACGGUAAUCUGGACCUAACUUGCGCCCUAGCUGGGACUAGUGGCAUGAGUGAAUUUAACUAUAAUAUCACUUCACUGGAUGGGGAAAAUUUUAUUCCAGGGCGCUACGGGGAAUGGUAUAUCCGGGACGAAAAUGGUGACGGUCGAGAUGACUACUGCAGAUGUGUUUAUCGUGACUUCAGCUUGUUCGUCUCCUGUAUACCCGCAAUGGCUGAAGGAUUUGUAGGAAAUGAAGAAUUCCGUGUCGAAGCUAAAGGAUGUGGCGUAGAACAGUUCAAUCCAUUCAUCGGACCACGUCCCUGAGUUGGUAGUUUUAGUGGAAUGCUGUGUGUGACAGUCUUUGUUUUCAUCAUUGGGUUAUUAUAAGAAUACUAAAGAUUGCUAAGCAAAGCAGUAUUUUGUGUAUGUAGUUUCGUCUCCAAAAUGUUUGCAUGUUGUUCAAGAGUGGCUUGUCGACAUUGGCGAAAUUCUACAUUCCGCAACAACAUCAUCACAAUUUUAGCCAUUAGCGGCCCAAUACAAUACCGUAACAGGGCGACGGUUUCGUAUUGUGUCAUCUUCUCUCUACUGAUGUCUUUUUAUGCUGUUUUAUUUUACUUGUAAUCCCUGGGGAAAUGUUCAAUGUGUAUGAUUUUAUCUGUCAUUUAUAUAAUUUUCAUGGCUGGCCAGUGAUAAGGAAGAUUUACCAAGUAUGAUUUGUCUCUCUUGAGGCUUCUGUGUUCUACGAUAAUUUGUUCAAUUUUGUUAGUGUUUAUGUUUAAAGCUAGUAGUCAUGCAUUUGAAUGGCAAUUUAAAUGGUGAAUUAGUGCAGAGCUUCUAGUUAAAUAAUCGAAUGCAUUGGGGAUAGCCCUUCUUUUAUUUUUAUAAUAAUCUAUGGUUGGUAGUUAUAGAAAGACCAACCGUUUUUUAUUUUCCCGUGUAUUGUUCUCUUAUUUCGAUUCCUGCUAACUGAGAGCUGAAGUGCUGUAAGAUAGGCUUCAAGGCUUUAAUUAGGCCUACUUAAAUUAAUAAUCAUAAUUAUUGAUUGAUUGAUUGAUUAAUCGAUCGAUCGAUGGACUGAUUGAUUUUGAUUUAUUGAUUGAUUGAUUAGUUAAUUGAGUAAUUAAAAAUAAUUUAAAUGUAAAGUACGAAAUUUGCUACUCAUUUUCCUCCAUGUCAUCAUGAAUUACGAGAGUUUGAUAGCGUAUGUUCUAUAGGGGGCGCUUUCCAAAGUGUUUAAACUGAUUGUAAUAAUCAUAAUCUCCGAACCUCCAUGCUCCGAAAAACUAUAGGCCUGUGUAAAACACCAAGUAAUGGUUGAUCAUGGUUGAUCCAUAAUGUUUUAUUUUCUAGGAUAGAAUGUUUAAUCUAGGACUUAUUUUGAAUAAAGUCGGAUAAAACAUUGUUCUUUUUAA